AAGACGCCCUGAGCAAGCCCCCUACUACACACCUGGUCACGUGACGUGGUGUGGUCAUCCCAGGCGACGAUGUCGGUGGUCAGAUGUCCGUGGCCAGAGUGGACGGCCUACUGGACCCCGCCCCCAACAUGGCCGCGGCGCCUGCUCUGUGAGAACAGUUUGUGUACUUCCGUCUUGUUCAAAGACACAAGGAGACUGUGGAUCUGCGCCGCUGCCGCUCUCCUGACUUACUUCUUGACCAUGGACGCCAUCUUGUUCAGCCACUUCCGGUCAGCUGACCUGUCCUCGUCUACUAGCGGGUCCAUAGAAAAAGGAGAGAUAUACACACCUUUCACACAUCUAUCAGUCAAGGGGCUUCUCAAUGAUCACCCAAGUCAGUUCUUCAUAGCCCCCAGUACGGAAUACUUUGAUAUGAUCACUCACUUUAGCUCCAUUUUCAGCUUCAUCACGCCCAAUAUGAUCUCGUUCGCCCACCUGGUGUGUGGCUUCAUCUCGGGCAAGUUCAUGUCGUCUGACCACCUGCUGGACCGCCGAGUGGGCGUGGUCUUGUACGAGUACCGGACCUGGCUGGACGCGUUUGACGGCACCGUCCAUAGGGCGCAGGAGGGACUGAGACUCAAGUAUAACUCUAACCACAAGACCUUGGGUUUGGUGGUCAGUCGGUGCUCAACUACACCCUGCUGGCUAUAUACUUGGACAAGAUAGAGACGUACCUCAGUGGUUUUCAGUUUGUACUGCUGGGUAUGGCCUUGUUCCUGUAUCUGAUCACCGCUGUUUAUAUACAUCAUAUUCGCUCAGUACUGAUGUUAUGACCUUCACCUGACGUAGCUCAUCUGCUUACAAAUGAUGACAGUACACCGAUCCAGCCACAUACAUGUACUUUGUGUGAGUGUGUGUGUGUGUGUGUGUGUGUAUGUUUGUGUGUGUGCGUGCGUGUGUGUGUGUGUUCGUGUGUAUGUGCGCGCUCGCGUUUUUCUACCUCUUUGUUGGGCUGUAUUUGAGAGAGAGAAAGAGAGCGAGACAGAAUACAUGUACAUGUAAUAGAAAGGAAAAUUUAGAAUGAUAGAUAAAAUAGUUCAAGAGAGAAAUAGAAAGUAGAGGAAAGGAGAGAGAGAGAGAGAGAGAGAGAGAGAGAGAGAGAGAGAGAGAGAGAGAGAGAGAGAGAGAGAGAGA